GGUUUCCCACUGUGUGUUGAUAGCAAACGCUCUGAUGAUCUGUGUAUAAAAGCAGAUCGCUCUGUUCUAAACGGCAUCAGUUCAGCUUCAGUUCUACAAGCUUACCAAUCAACUAACUAAACAAAAUGAAAUUCCUGUCGGUUGCAUUUCUGCUUGGUCUGCUGGCUUUGGCUAGUGCCACGCCCCUGAACCCAGGCAACGUGAUUAUCAACGGUGAUUGCCGAGUGUGCAAUGUUCAUGGCGGCAAAUAAACAUAUGAUGAAAUCGAAUUGCACAUGGAUUACUACAGCAAUAUGUUCAUUAUCAACAAUAUAUAUAAUUAUUUCAAACUAUGAAGUCACAUAAAUAUUAGUUAUCAACAUAAUCAAGGGAAUGACGAGCAAAAUCAACCUAAAUAAAAAUAACUCACCUUAAUAUACUCGACCACAA